CCAUGAGCUGACAAACAACCAGAAUCGCUGAGGAAUACCAUCGGCCUUCACGAUCCCUCGUUCUCGUUGAGUGAGGCAUUCCGAUCAUCCUUGGUCCGCUCGAUCGUUCGCUACAGAGACUGACAUUGACAGCCGUGACCACGGUGACGAGACCAUCACUGUCAGCCUCCACGAAACAAGAUAUAAACCCCUCCGCUCCUGCUCUCCUCCCCAGAAAGAUCUUGCCUACCAUCGCCCAUCAUGCUCAUCCUAUCUGCCCUUCCUCUGCUCACUUACUUCUUGAUCGCUCUGGCUGGCAUCUACCAGAGCUACCAAGCGGCGUACACCCAGUUCAGGUACCCGUGUCUGGGUGGGCCGUCGAUGUAUGUCCAACCGACUCGACGGCGGACACGCUAUGAAAUCCGCACUGUGGUCUACUCAACGGCUGGCCGGCCGGGUGGACUACGUGCACACCGACGAUGGACCUUCCGUCAUCGCCGACGACCAUUCCUGGUACGCGAUCGUCACCGAGGCCGAGGUGCUUGACGAGCGCCUCGACUACGUCUAUCGUUCUCGACAACCCAAGGACGACGACACUCACCCCUCGACGACACUCGCGACGCCCACGGUCGAAUUCCUCACGUUCCCAUCAGCGGCUGCCGAAGAAGACGAGGACGACAUGGACCACAACGCAUGGCUACAGCCCAAUUGGUCCCAGUACAUGGAGCACCUUCAGCAACUACAGGAGCUCUACGUCGCCUCGACAGCUUUCCCAGCCGCCACUGUCGAUUCGGCAUCGAUGGUCAACAUAUCGACGUCGACAUCGACAUCCAUUGAUUCUACCCCAUCUGCUACGGCCCCACCUCUGUCAACCUCGGAAGGCAAGGUCGAACCGGAGGAGAAGACGCAAACGGGCUGGACAACACAUGACAGGUUUUUCUGGCUCGGAGCGGGUCUGGCGGUGCUUGUCAUCGUCAGCGUAGAGCUCGCGUGUUCGGAAGACAAUCCGGAAGCGAACUCCAAAGAAAAGGAGAAGAAGAAGCGCGAGGAAGAUGUCACGGAGUCAUCGUCGGACACGUCCAUAGACGGAGCGUUCUUACCGUCUACAACGUCUACAGCCAAGAGUAGUCGUUCUCUCGUCACCCGAUGCCAUUCAGCGACUCCUGCCCCCGAGACAUCGACACUCAUCGCCGACCCUUCUGGUUAAUUGAAUCGAUUUCUAUUGAAGAAGACAAAGCUGACGACCGCCGAAGGUAAU